AUCUCUCUCUCGGCUUCGCCGCAUUCAACUUGGAGCCACAUUUUUACCUGUUUUAGCAAAUAUUUGCCUUUUUUUUAGGAUGAAGUUCAACUUUUUGAAAAAUCUUGAAUGCUACAAAUUUGUCAACCAGCAAGAACAUUGAGAAUAUCCACUGGGAUCUACAGAUAUUACAGACAGGUGUUCCAUUAGAAUAUGAUCUUCAAGACAACUGGGUUACAGAUUUUGACCAGGAUUGAUGUUUUUGACUCUUGAUCAAGAGCGAGGAAUUGGCAAUCGUGAUGGCUGUUCAAACUGAAAUUAUGAAUCAUCAUUUUAUGCCCUUAUAUUUCGCCGGAUCUGCAGUGGACUUUGAGAAAGGAUAUCACGAAGGAGUCGACUUUCUGGGAGCUGUUGAAAGUGGGGACUAUAAAGAAUCAAGCAAGGAUUUGCUUAGUUUUAUUAAUAUGGCUUCGAGUAACAUCAAACUUGCCCUGGACAAGCCGGUGAAGUCAAAAAGGAAGGUCAACCAUAGGAAGUACCUACAAAAACAGAUUAAAAGGUGCACCGGGAUGAUCAGUAAUGGACUUACAACUCAAGGGUCUCCAAAAGGUCAGGUCACAUCUCCUGGCAGCAGCCCUCAAAAUUAUCACUGUAAGCCUCCUCCGAAGAGGGACAAUAACCAGUCGAACUUACAGAGCAAGAGCUUGGCUGCUCUUUUUGACAAUGUCAGGGAAAUUCGUGGGGAAAAAUGCAAAAAAGUGCCCUUGAGGAAUCGUAACCUGCCGCCAUCUUUCUUUACCGAGCCUGCUUAUUCCUCACCUGUUCUUCAUACCAAUUCUGGAGUGAUGACUUUAAAGGACUUGGAUAAAGGUAACCAAGAAAGUGUUGAAUUUUUUGACCUUUUGGGCCCUGAUUACAACAACAUGAUCUCCGAGCAAGAGAUCAUUCAGGGGGCAUCAGUAAAGAUACACCAAGACGUCCCGGCAGAACAUUCUGUCUACGACCCGCAUCACUUACUAAAUGGGCUCCUUUAUUCCGACCCCUGGAAUCCAUGUAAUCCAAUUAAAAAGAGUCCCGUGGGAACUUGCAGUCCAAACUUGAAUGAAAGUUUGAAAUGUAUUCCAGUGCCAUUCCCUGUCUUUUCAAACACCACUGAGCCUACCACCAUCUCAGCUUCUGUGGAGGACCACUGUCCCAGCAUAACACCGUUUAACCCCUGCUAUCCCGAGUGCUCCUUGCCCCAAAUGUUCUAUGACUGUGGUUCAGGAUACAAUAGAAUCGGUUACUCUGUUUUGUAGAGCUUUCAAAAACAUUUCUAAGGACCUUUAUUCAGAUGGCUGUGCAAUAGACUCAUUGAAACACAACAUAAUGAUGAUUUAACCCACCAGUCUCGCAACUCAACAUGACCCUCAGCAUCUGUAACAUUGACAUUCGAAUUUUUAGAUUUUUUUAAAAUAUUUUUUAAAUUCCCAUCUAAGAAGCUAUUUUAAUCAGGCGAUGGGAGAUUAGCCUACUACUGAAAGCCAUAUCUGCAGUUGUAUAAAUAUACUGGUACGCUAUCUAUUGGUCUAUGCUAACUUCAACCUUUUGGGUCUUUCUUUGUGUGAAACGUUAUCAACAAUGCAAAAAAAUAUCUUAUGCAAUAAAAAAAAAAUUUAGCACAGAAAAUGUUUUUGUUAGAAUAAAUGAAAGUAAACGGUUGUUAUCUAUGUCUGUAGCCUUUGCUUUCCUUGUAUUUUUGGUCUCUUUGGUCUAGUAGAAUUUUGGGGUAAUUUUAUUUCGACAAUCUGUGGUCCCUUCAAAUGCAGUCGCCUUUCCAUCCUCUCUGAACUCCUGACCCCUUCCCAAAAACAAUAUAUUUUCUUUAUUGAUGAACUGAAGGUUGCCCGCCUCGUUUUAUUAACUGUUUGUUAACCGUUUUGGUUGAUGUCGUAGUGAAAGUAAACUGUGUCCUCACGGAACUGUGGUGAUCAUACACGUAUGAUCGUUAUAUUAUUUGUAAGGGGACCAUGCAUAAAGACUCUACUUCCUUUGAAUCUGAAUUUUUUUUUUCUUUAAAAAAGUUGCAACUAUUUUUGC